AUGGUACUCUAACAGGUCAAAGUAUAGAUGUUUUAACAAGUUUCGCUGGCUAAAAAGCCAUUAGCCACAAUUUCAUUUAAGUCCUAUCUAUAAGCAAUUUCACAUAUUUAUAAGUAAUUAAAUUAAUUUUUGUAAAUUUUUGAUAUAUAUAUAUCUUUAACAAAUAUUAGCAAAUACUAAUUACUUUGUUAAUAACUAAAUAUCUGUUUGAAAUAAAUUAAAUUUAAUUUUAAUAAAUAGGCAGAAGGAGUGUUAGGUAUGUAAAUGUUUAGCUUUUACAAACCAAAUGGAAAUUCUUAUGUUGCUAAUUUAUUUAAAAAUGGUAAUAUCUAAUAAAAUAUGUUUUCUUUCUACUUUGGCUCUACUCCCUAGCUUACAGUUGGAGGAUUUGAUGCUUCUUCAGUAUAAAAUGUAAGUAAUAUUAACUACCAUAAUGUAGUUAUGAAUGGAAAUAAUGACAAUACUCAGUAAUGGGUUGUUAGAGGCUCAUAAUUAGUAGUUGGCAACUUUUCUUAAUACUUUUUAUAAGGAUAUAAUUUAGUAUAAGUUUCAACAGCUGAUUCUUAUAUUAAAGUAAGCGAAGAUAUCUUUGUUAACUUAAUGAGGUACUUUAUUAAUAAUUUAAAAGUAUAAAAGCAAGGAAGCUAGUAUACUUUGCCAUGUAGUCAGAAAUUUCCCAAUUUUGUACUUUAUUUACCUGAUAAUAAUGGCAAUAUGCAGAUUUACAACUUGACUUCAGAUUAUUUCAUAAAUAAAUAAUCUGAUACAUGUUUUUUAAUGAUUGCUGAUCUAGGAUAUCAGCAAACAGUUAAGAUUGUCUUAGGAACUCCAUUCCUUCAGAAAUAUGUCUCAAUAUUUAGCAUGAAUAAUGCAACAAUAGGUUUUUCUUUAGCAUCUGUUAACUCAUCAUCAGGAUCUUCUUCUCUUCCUGGCUGGGCUAUUGCAUUAAUAGUCAUCGCUUGUAUUAUUAUUGUUGCACUUAUAUUGUUCUUCUUAUAUAGAAAGUGGAGGUCAAACAAAGACAGAGAUUUCUCAACAGAUUCAAAUGGUGACAUUAUAACUUAUUCAAAAAGAUAAAGCAACUUUAACAAUAGCAACAAUAAAGCAAAUGCAAGCUCUGCUAAUAAUAUCUCAACUAACUUAUCAGUAAUGAAUACCAGUAAUUAAGUUGUUAGUAACAAAAACUAAAAUGUUUCAACUAACUUAGCAGUAAUGAAUACAAGUAACCAAGUUGUUAGUAGCAAAACAAAUGGAAAUGUUACUAUAUAAACAGGAAAUUUUAGCUCUUCUACCGUCACUUCCUCCAAAUAGGUAGUUAGUUCUUAAUAAAUAUCAACUUAGAAAAUAGUAACUUCUACUUCAACUAGUUCCAAAUAAGUAACUUCUACCUCUAAGUAUGAAAUUUCCAAUAAUAACAAUUUUUGA